AUGCCGGUAGACGGACCACCCCAAGGCGUAAUCAAUGUUAUUCAUGGCAUCAUAGAACCUGAGCGGAUAUGUGAACUCAGGGGGAUGAUAAAGAAGGCAGAACACCUGAAGAAGGUACUAAGUGCACAACCCGCCAUCAAAAAGGGCAAAACAGAGGCUACGAACGUCAUAUCCUUCUCAGACAAAGAUCUAGCAAGGAUACAUUGCCCUCACAAUGACGCACUGGUGGUGAUUUUGCGCGUCAAGAAUUAUGAUAUCAAACAGAUUCUGAUUGACCAAGGAAGUUCAUGCGAGAUAAUGUAUUAUGAAACCUUCAAACAGCUGAAACUAGAGGACAAAGACUUGGCCCCUGCAACAUCCCUCCUAGUUGGCUUUAACUCAAUGCUAGAAUGGCCAGUGGGCAAGAUAAUCCUCCCAGUCAAAGCUGGGACCAUGACUAAACAAGUGAAAUUCUAG